CGAAGAGUCGUGUACCUUUGUUUAAUCUGUACUGGUUUCGUUUCUUUCAGCGAUGGCGCCGCGCCGAGGCCACCACGGCGCUCUUCGAUUCUGAAGCCUGUCAGGCCAGUCCUCGAAAGCGUCGAAAAUGCAACCGAAGAUCUCACCGAGCGGCGCCGACUCUCCAAGCGCGUCAGUUUCUCCGACACCCACCAGAUAAAGUUGUUCAAGUGUGAAAUGUCCGAUGAACAUUGCUCGGCUGGGGAAAACACAUCGCAAGCUGGCUCGGUGUUUGUGCCUGGGAACAACACUCUAACGGGCAACGCUGCCGAAGACCCAGUAGGCGAAGCAGUGCAGUUGCUGCAGUACGACCACACUCCCCUCGAGCAGAGCUUCUACCUAGCAGUCGAUGACUGCAACGGCAGUGCCGAGGCCACAUCACCGACGAAAAGGACGUCUGCUUUAAUGGAGGAAGCACGCUCUUGUCUCAUGUUCACUCAGCAUGGGAACGUCAUUGAUACCUUCGACAGAUCCGGCUACCAACCUCGCUUGGACGGGACGCUUGGCCAUGGUACCAUGGACAUCACUUGCGGCGGCGCCGUCAGCCAGACUUCUGCGGAACUUGCAAAGAUGAUGCUCGGCAAUAGGACGAUGGAAACCACUCCCAUCGAAUGCACCGGUCAUGACAGGUCUGUCUCUGAGUCAUUAAAGACAACAUUUGCCGACAAAAGCAUGGACAUGACUCGCGUUGGCGGCACCUCCGUGCUUGAACAAACGGCCACGAGCCUGCAUCAUACGCGCAUCUUUUUGGAUGCCGGGAUGGACGUGACUGUCGGGCCACAGGACGCGACAACAAUUGGUGGUGACACGACUGUUCCACUGCAGCACACAAUGAACACGACCUGCCCAGUCGGUUCAACGAGUUUCGUGACAGGUGCUGCUGAUGAGGUGGACACUGGUGCUGUUCCCGGUGGGGUUCCCAGUGGGGAGACUGCAAAAGACAGCUGCGCUAUUGCAAGAUCGUCAGGUCUGUUCGACAUUGCCGCCUUUCUGACGUCUCACCGCAAACGCGACGCGGCAGUGCUACUGGGCUGCGAGCCGGGUGACGUAGAAUCGGUGGACACGGACACGAGUCCAGCCAUCGCGGCAUCGAAGAAGGACGAGCCAUUCAACCUUGCAGCCUUCGUGGCACUGAACCGCCGCAAUGAUGCAUCCGAGAUAAUGGGCAAGGAUGCCAAAUGCGUUGCAGAACCAUUUUCUACACAGCCUGUUCCGGUUUCACAGGACACUACUCUUCCCGACAAAUGCAAUGUGGGCAUGGGUGGUACGAUGAAAGAAACUGGUACAGCAGAGACCAUUUGUUCUACUGCCAACGUUUCAAGCACAGCUGGGCAAUUCAACGUUGUCGACUUCGUGACAUCGAACCGCCGCAAUGAUUUGUUCGUGACAGUGGGAGGGGAUGCAGAAUCCACUGGAAUGUUAACUGCACAACCUGGCCCAUCUGUCCCUGCUUUGUGCAGUGAAACUAGUUUCGGCGUGGGCCACGAAGGCACCCAAAAUGCUGCGAGAGAGACUGGCAACGCAUAUCUUUCGCCUAUGCAAACUUCGUUGGCGACUGAUUAUGAGGCGGUCACCAUGAAUGUAACUGGUCUCGACAUAACCGCAGGGCCAGCCGUGGACACUGGAACUGAAAAUGGUGUCCCAGCUGUGACACUCAAGAAUUGCACAGUCAUGACCGACGUCAUGAGUAUGACCUGUCGAGACUUUCUUGGAUCGGAGGGCACCGAGAAUACUGUGAUAGAGACUGACAGCACGCGUCUUUCGCCUAUGGAAACUUCGUUGGCGACGGAUUAUCGGGCAGUCACCAUGAAUGUAACUGGUCUCGACAUGACCGCAGGGCUGACUGUGGACACUGGAACUGCAACUAGUGUGCCAGCGGUGACACUGCAGACUCGCACCGUCAUGACUGAUGUCAUGAGUAUGACCUGCGCCAACUUUCUUGGAUCGGAAGAGCCAUCUUGCAGUAUUCUUCCGUGCAAUGACCCAGAUGAGAUGACUCUGCACUUGGGAGAUGGCACUCUGACUGGUGCAAUGGCAAUGAAUAUUACUUGCCCAAACACUACGGGGUGUCCGGUUGUCGAGUGCACGGCUGACCCAAGCACUGAGCCAAAUGAACAAGUAGAUGCGUCACCAGUAGUCGUAGAAAAGAGUCAAGUCACUGCUGAGCACAGUGUGAACCAGGCAGACAGUCGUCAUCAAGCGGAGGAAAGGAGCGUCGCAGCUCACAGUGAUCUCAAAGCCGACAGAGAUGGUGAUCUUGAUGGUGCUUUGGAACACAUGGGGAGGUUAGGCGCGCAUGUGUCCACGAUUUCGCUGAAUGCAACAGCCGGAGACAAGAUUGGUGCAGAUUUUUCUCACAGCCUGCCCUUCUUGCACACACCUACCGGUUUCAAGGCUGGUUUUGCUGCAUCUGUGGAUGACUCGAGUGAAGCGGUGCCCCAAGAUCUGCCGGUUCCGUGUGAAAUGACCGCUCCUUCGUUUCUGAAAGCCACACCAGAGGACAAACCGGCAGACAAGAUGUGCAGUGUGGAACGGUUUACAUCAACCCAAACACCCACAAGAGCCACGCCUUCGAACGGAAGUGCUAACACAAGGGCAAAGGACUCCGCAAGGAAGCACGUUCGGGCGUCACCUGUUGACAUCCUGAGGGGCAAAGACAGCGUUGCUUAUCAGCUUUUAGCGAGCCCUGUCGCCAAGCAAAGCCGUGAACCAGUUGUUGGCCCGACAAGAACAGCAACAGUAGUGCCACCAUUUCUGAAAAAACGAAAUGACACUUCGAAGGUGGACCUUAUGGCUGCGGCAGAGACGUUUAACUCUUUGACAGACUCUACUCUAAACGUCUCCAAUGUAUCGGCUCUGCUGGAAAUGCCUACGGGAUACGUCAGCUCGCUGACAAUCUUGGACAACGUGUUUUCACCGGAAAGGGUUGCCAAGGGAAACGCAGAUGCACGGCACAACAGUGCGUGUGGGUCUAAUAGUCUGACCAAAGCAAGGCAGCAGAUGGGAAGCGCCAGUCGUUCGCGUCUUGCGAGCGAUCGAGGCCAGAAUGUAACGGUUAGCGGCGAAGUCGGAGCAAACCUCGACAAGACCAUCCCACAGAAUGCCGAUGCCCUACAAGACCAAGCUGUUGCUGGCCAUUCGUCUUCAAAGAAAAGUUUGCUUGCAGCAGCUAUGAGCACCGGCAUCCCCAAGGUUAACCUUGAGUCAGUCUCGAAGCCCCUUGGCACUACUGAAAAAAUAUCGAUGGGGACGUUGGGAACAGCACUAGGCAAUUGUCCACCAACAGGAGUGACCACCUGUUCGCCUGGAGCUGGUCUUAGUGCUACCUCUAUUCCCAGUGCACAGUGUGUUGGUGCAAGCUUGUUGGCAUGCGAGUACAACGGUGACCUCGUACAAAAGGGCGCGGCUAGUGAUGCACCCGUACAAAAGAAUUCAACGUUGAUGGCUGGUGAUGCAUCCAUACGAAAGAGCGCGAUGUUCUUGGCCAGUGAUGCACCCAUACAAAAAAGUGCAACAUUUGUGGCUAGUAGUGCACCCGCACAAAAGAGCACUACAUUUUUAGAGAAUUCUAGAAAUGGCGCAAGGCCCAGCGCCACAUUUGCUGCCUCACCUCCAGGCUACAGUGUUGCUUGCAUCGACGACGGCAUCACCGUGGACGAAGGCAAUGGAGACGUGCCUUCCGUAACGAAAGAAGUUCACCCCUCUGCAACCCGCAGUCUCUCGGCGAAGCAUCCCACUGCAACUGCACACCGAUCGGACAGCAGUUGCAGUGACCAAGGCACCGCCGUUUCGAGGUCUAGGAAAAGGCUGGAGUUUACGGCAGUUGGGUUGCAGCCUCCCCAAAACACCAAGGAAGGUGCUGGUCUCCAUGCUGACGGUUGUGGAGAAGAUGCUUGCCGAAACGUGCCGACCGUGCCGUUUGCGAGCAAGGUGCUUUCCGACGUGUCCCACUUUCAGGCUCUUCAAGAACAUGGCGAGACCUCCUGUCAUCAGCUGCAUGCCACAUCGUGUUGCGUUCUGCAGCGUUCCGCUGGAUCCCGCGUUGACGACAGGGACAUGCUUACGGACAUCCCAGAGCCGUUCCUUAUUGGUAACAGUUCAACAACCUCCUCCGCGGACAGCCAGCAUCCCUCCAGGAGUGUCGAGGCUGCCAACCAGCACACAUGCUGCGCGGAAGUUGGCAAGCCCACCGGCGUGGCAUCGGCGUCGCCUGGCAACGAAGUCUCUAUCCCGACUAACAUGUUUUACUCCUCUUCUACGAAGAAGCGGAGCAAGCCUCCUAGUACACCUUCAAAGUUGUCGGAGAAGUGCAGGUCAUCGGCGAAGAAGAGGCGGCCAGGGCAGGUAGUUGCGAAAAGCAGCGGCUCCAAGCGUCACCUUGGAUCUCCCGCACCGACCAGCACGAAGCGGCGGAGAAGGUCACAGGAAGCAAACAGUGCAGCCAAGUCGGUACGCAAAGCAGCAGUCGGUACUGCGAGCACUUCCAAGACUCAACAAAGAACCGAACUGACUGGAAGUACGGUAAUGGAUGUCCUGCAGUCGGUCUUUUCGUACCAACCGAAACUGCGAAGCCUGCCUCCAUCUCCCGUGGCCAGCUCGGGUCCUACAGACACGUCGAGUCCUCUGGAUACCGUAAUGUUGCCAUGGAACCCACUCUCGCCAGGCGAUUUGAAGGUGCCAGAUGACUUGAGCCCCCAGUCUACCCUGAAAGCCUUGGAUGCUGUGCAGGCAAGGCUCACCCGGAGAUUGGACGAACUGAAAGGCACCUGUGCUGAAGAGAAUCCACCUGCCUCGUCAGCUGAGGAUUGCGUGGACGUGGACAACCCUCCCUUCGAACUCCCGGACCCACAGCUAGACCUCACAGCGAACAUCGACAUCAUUGGCAUUAUCGACCGCCUCGACGACACAAACAUCAGGGAGACCCUCUACUGGAGCUUCUACGAGAUUCCUGAGGAGACGCGUAAACACUGGGAGCUGUACGGAUGCCUUAUGGAAGCAGACAAAGCAGUCUUUGGUUACAUCAAAGGCCGCGUCAAGCUGCUGGUGUCGCUGGGCGAUUACAUCAAGCUACCCGACACGGGUGACAGGCUCACCCUCGCCCGUGCGGCCGCCAGCGGUGAGGUUCGCCGUCGUGCAAAGGCCAUCACCAGGCUGCGUUACAAGGUCACAUGCAGGCGUAAAGCUCAGUUCAACCAGUACAUUUUGCAGCGCCUUCAGGACGAGCACAAGACGGACGAACUGCUCCAAAAGUACCCCACCACGGACUGCUUGGGAAAGCUGCUGGAAGAGUUAGGAAGUUUCAUAGUGCGCUACCGUCCUCUCUGCCGGGACAUCGCCAUCAUCGCCUCUGACCACCACCACACCUUCCAGUACCCAGUGCUCUCGUACCAGAUUAUUGCCCCAAGUCGUUUAAUCUGGUUCCACCUUGACCUCCCGAUCGACGUAGAUGCAUACCCGAAUGCUGUGAUCGUGCCGUCUUUGCGUCCUUACUCGGACGAGUACGACGUAAUCACGACCGAGAAACUACGUCGGAUCGCUGCACGCGUCAACCCCGGUCCCGAAUACAUCGUUCGACUGGUCGACGAGAUUGAAGACUUCCUCAAGAAGUAACCGGAGCAUCGGAAGUGAUGCCAACAGACUUUCUGACUAGAUCGGAGGAGUUUCCGAAUGUAGUGUCCCAUCAGCUGUGCCCUUUCACUGCAUGACUUGCAAAAUUCAGAUUGAAUUGUGUACAGGCAUGUACCGGAGCUCUGUCGGUUUUCUUUUUCUCACUAUUUAUUAUUUCACGCAACCACCCAGAGCUUCUAAUAAGACGGUUGCUUCAAUUUUUAAAUCCGUUUGUCUUGUAAGUACUAGUUUGUUUUAACGUAUAUAUAUUUCUGAACUUUUAUCAUUGGCCACGUGUUCUUAUUUCCGAUAAGACUCAACAGGCAUAUUUUAUAUUAGAUGUCGGUGCUUUCGUUUUAAUCACGUGCAUUUUUACCUAAGGUACAAUGCUACUAAGCAGCAGUCAGAGGCGUUGCACAACAAACUGUGUAGAACCGUGUAAACGUGAAUGCAAUUUUUUGUAAACAUGCCAGCCUUGUUCAAACAUGAUCUGUUCAUUGUCGCAGCUAAUGCAACAUGUUGGUGAUAACAUUCAUAGUUUUAUUACUAAUUACGUAAUAUCUGUUGCUAGUUGUAAACUACAUCUUGCGUUGUUAGGUAAUUUGAUGCAACAGAGAUGACUAUAUUUUGCUUUGCAAAAUUUUGUUGCAGUAUGACAAAUUGGGAAGCCAAUUGACAAGCCCUGUCUUAUAUUUUUAUUAAGUUGCCUUUGUUAUUAACAAAACUGGUGUUGGUGAUUAGAUUAAAUAAAAUACGAAUGUCGAUUUUUAAGUAUUUUUCAUAAAUGGCAUGCUGCAUUGCGCUGAUGUUACACAAUUUUUUUUUCUGGCACAAAUUUCUUUCAUUGCCUUUUUUUCUUUUUUUUUUUGCGAGAAAAGAAAUUUUAGGACAAUGUUCAUUUUGCAGUGUGCGAGUGCCCCAGCUUCAAACUGUUUUCAACUCUGAAGUGUCACCAUGCGAACCGACAUUCAUGAUGUUUAAACAGAGUCGUCAGUAAUUUCUGUAAAAAAUUGUGCUGUUGCCACCACAUUUGUCUGGAAAAGAAAAUCGCGCCUGGUGUUUGCAAUAAAGAUUGCAUGUGGUCAUUCCUGAAAGGCACCUUGCAUAUGUCGGAGAAGUCGUUGGUUAUAUUCUUUGCGGUAUAUUCAUAUGUCUAGGGAUAAACGUCUCCAAUAUCAUUUUAUUACUCUACAUUCUUUUGCCAAUUGUGAAGUUCCAAGGUCUGUCAAAGUCAGUUGGAUAAAAAAAAAAAAAAUUGGUCAUGAUCAAUUGCAUGUGUUCAAUUCUGCGCAGCAUCUAUCGUACUGCAAAAAGUGUCAAUAUUAGGUUUUCACCUGAAGUACUGCAUCACAUGGUAACAUUUUUCGAUGCCCACAUCCAUUUUUAUCCACACCUGUUAUUACAAGCGAAAACGUAAGCCCCCACAAGCUUGAUAGCGAAACCAUAUGUGUUUUACCAUGUCUAUACAAAAUGAAAGCUAAUGUUCCUGCUGUAUAAUAAAUGCUUUGCUUUAAUAAACACAUUGCGACAUACACGUUAUGUCGCAAUGUGUAGUUACAUUUUUUUUGGCCACAACGCACAUUUUAAUGUCACAUGCUUUUGACUACUUGACUUUAUAUAUGUAUAUACUAUAUAUUCUGUGUUUCGGUUUCUAUUUAGAGUAUGUAUUUUCUGUACUAAAUGGCUUUGCAACUAGCAACGUUUUUUUCAAGCCGGGCAUUGUUUUAGAAUAGUGUCAAAUGUGUGGCAGUGUUCAUUGCAAGAUGUAGUUGUAAAUGGUUAGAUUGCUGCAUGACGGCUUUCGUCGCAAUGUGUAGUUACAUUUUUUUUUUUUGGCCACAACGCACAUUUUAAUGUCACAUGCUUUUGACUACUUGACUUUAUAUAUGUAUAUACUAUAUAUUCUGUGUUUCGGUUUCUAUUUAGAGUAUGUAUUUUCUGUACUAAAUGGCUUUGCAACUAGCAACGUUUUUUUCAAGCCGGGCAUUGUUUUAGAAUAGUGUCAAAUGUGUGGCAGUGUUCAUUGCAAGAUGUAGUUGUAAAUGGUUAGAUUGCUGCAUGACGGCUUUCAUUAUAUACACCAUUUUCUUCUAGACAUUUGUUUGAGCAUGACAAGGCAGGAAUCUGCCUAUGUAUUAACUAUUAUAGCAAACAUGACUUGCUGGAAACCCUGCCUUAUGUUUUUAUUUUUACGUUUGUAUAAUGCUUGUUUACAAUAUUCCGAGUAUUUAAUAGUCUUACAUGGCGACUGUAUGUGAGAAUUUUAGCAGGCACAGGCCGUAUUUUGUGCCGCUUGCCGCUGUCGAAUCUGCGUCGUCAGCUGUACAGUAUUCAAUAAAGUUAU